AGAGACCUGCCCCAGACCAGCAGGAUGAGGGCCUUCAUAGAAGCCAACAUGGAGUCUCGCUCGGAGUGGUCCUUCUACCCUAGUGCAGGCCAGGCCAAGUCCUACCACGUAGGGAAGCGCUGUUUCUCUGCCCCCCAGCCCCGCCCCCAACCCUGCCCCCAGCCCCGCCCCCAACCCUGCCCCCAGCCCCGCCCCCAGCCCUGCCCCCAGCCCUGCCCUCUAGAGAGGACCUUGGAGGACUGUCUGGGCAGGAAGAAACCAGUCAGGGUGGCCUGGGAGCCUGUUCCUGGUUCCAGACCCUACCUGACCCCGGAGUACAGCCCAGACUUCCACAAGAUGGGCUCCACCAGAAUCCCCCCCUUUCAUGCUGCAGACACCUUCAUCCCCCUCCAGCCCCCUGCUGUUAGCCCCUGUAAGCCCUACGUAGAAAAGCGAAGGGUGGAGAACAGGGAGGUGGAGGUGAUGGAGGUGAGGAGUCUAGAUCACUGGAAACCUGCUCCAGACAUGCUGAAGAGAUUCCUGCAGGAAUGUGACCUUGUUACCCUGCCCUGGCUUGACCCCUCACCCCUGCACUGAGAAGCCAAGCUUACACUGGCAUUUAUAGUUACAUAAUAUCUCCUUCUAGUCAUCCUGUAUUUUUUGAUACGACUGAGAAUAAAGU